UUGGAUCUUCCACCAAGAGAUGCCUGUGAGCUGGGAAGCAGGAUCUGCCCUCUCCUCCCAGUCUCUCCUGUCUCUCAUCAGAUGCUGCUUCUGCUCUACACUGGCUGCCCCCUCCCCAAUGCGGCAGGACUCCUCCAUCACAGGCAACAAGGGUUAAUUCGCAUAUGAGCCUUCAGAACAUCCCUUGCCCCCCCAAUCCUGGAGCCCAGGGGCAGCACUGCAGCUGGGACACAUCUGCAUAGAGGAGGCAUCAUCAGCCCAUCUCCCAGAGGGUGGCAGAGAUUUAACCAGUGCUGUGCAUGACAAAGACUCACCCCCUGUCUGCUGGCACUGAGCAUGCUGUGUCUUUCUGUAGGUGCAUUGUCGAUUUAUCAAUAUCUUAGUAUUCAGUGAUUUUCAGGACCAUUGGAUUGUUCAGAUCUGCUGAGCUUUGUCCCUUCUGGAUACAUCGUUUGCUCAUUUUCUAGACACAGACAACUCAACAAUGUCUGCAAAGCAGAGAAAUCCUAGUGGAAGACUGGCUUGGUGGAAGUAUUGAUCAAUAAGGCGAUCAGUACCAGGGAGGAGAGAGCAGGAGACCAGGAAUAGACUGACCGAACAUUCAUUCCCUUUUAUCUGUCUCGUCCCACAGCCAUCUGAUUGGACCCUUACAGAGACUUCAUCAUGGGCAAUGAGAUCAUGGCACCCACCAGGCUGUUUAUUUAACACCUUCAUUUAUGUGGAUUCAUGUUUGUGCAAAGAGACAGAGUGUGGUCCUGAGUGCAGAGAGCUCAUUGUCUGUCUGUAAAAAAUCCUUCAUCUGGCUAGUUCUACAUGUGAAGACUGAGCCUGCAAUGCAGGCAGAAAAGCCUCGUUCCUCAGCUUGCAAUUAAUUAAUCACAUUGUGUAUUUAUUAGGGUCAUAACAUCUCUCUGACCCAAAUCAGGAUUCCCACAGUGUCCUUUCCCAGGCGUCAUCUUCUCCAGGCGUCAGUAUGGGGACUGUACUGUCUCUGUCACCAGGAUCUAGGAAAGCCAGCCUAUAUGAUGAUGGAUCUGGGUCCUUGGCCCAUUAUACCAGUGUUAGCAAGGGGAAUGGGCAGAAACCAGAUAAGACUCUGAAGAGACACUCUAUGUUCAUCCCUGCCCUCACCUGGAAGAGGCUUGUGGCCUCCACUAAAAAGAAGACUUCCCGAAAGGGCACUGUUAAUAACAAUUACCAAAAGGACGUUGCCCACCUGAACCACGAGAAUGUGAAGAAAUCCCUGUCGUGUGCCAAUCUCUCCAGCUAUGACAGCCAACCUCUUGCACCUCUUAGCUCAAAGCAGAUAUCCUCCAUCAAGAAGGCCUCUUGUACAACUAAUGGAGGCUCUCCUAAAAGAGUCAUUGUACAAGCAUCCACCAGUGAGCUUCUGAAAUGCCUUGGGGAAUUCCUUUGCAGGAGGUGUUACCGACUGAAACAUUUGUCACCUACAGAUCCCAUUCUCUGGCUUCGUAGUGUUGACCGCUCCUUGCUACUGCAGGGAUGGCAAGACCAGGCCUUUGUCACCCCAGCCAAUGUUGUCUUUGUUUACUUGCUGUGCAGGGAUGUCAUUGAUGGAGACUCGGUAGCCACCGAGCAUGACUUGCAAGCUACUCUGCUGACUUGCCUCUACCUGUCCUACUCCUAUAUGGGCAAUGAGAUCUCCUACCCACUCAAGCCCUUCUUGGUGGAAGCAGGGAAAGAUGCCUUCUGGGACCGUUGUCUUUGCAUCAUUGAUGCCAUGAGUGCCAAGAUGCUCAGAAUCAAUGCUGACCCUCACUAUUUCACCCAGGUCUUUGCUGACCUAAAAAAUGAAGGCAAUAGGGAUGAGUUCUCUCGGGUCCUAGAUCGGUGACUGUCCCUGGAUACCCAUCGCUGCACUUGAAGGCUAGUUCUGACACCCAACAUUACUAGCCAGCAAUUAACCAGUAGCCAAAAAAGGACUUCGGCCUUCAGGCCUUCUGUGCAUUGUCUUGGAAUAGAAGUUAUGGAAACCCAAGGCAUCUUGACCACCAUUCAGUGUGCAUUUUGGGUUAUUAAAGGCCAACAAGUGCCUGACACUCACUGCAUCUCUUCACUCACUCAUAUUCCAAGUACUGGACUCCAUUUAUUUUCUUGACUACAUUUGGGUAGCAGCUGCUAAAAACGCAUUCCAAAGCUAUUAUGGUCCAUGGCCACUAAUCAGAAUUUCACUAUAAUUGUACAAUCCAGAAGAAGACAGCAUUAGAAUUCACUUCAUGUUCAACUUGUGUUAUAAAGUAACAAAAACAAAAAUCAAUGUACAAUCCCAGAAACCCCUCACUGCCAGAAGGGGGUGACAAGUGGGAAUCUCCAGCAUUGGGAAGGCCAUCUGUGUAUUAACCUGUAUAUCAUACAGAUGGAUGGUGGUAUGUUCUGGGUGUUAUUACUGUAUUACUGAAUUACCUUUUUUUUUUUAAUUAUUAUUUUGUAAGAAAUGAACGGCACACUAUGGGAUGGGUCUGAUUUUAUUUAAAAAGAUAUCAGCUAUUCUAAAACCCCGUUCCUUUUCUAAAGAAGAACAUUUAAUAUUUUGAGGUCAAGGAUGCUGGUCAUAAGAAGUUUGUAGCACUUAUUCCCAUCUGGAUGAAAGAGCGUGGUAUGCCCUCAUGGGACCCAUUGAAUCUUCUUUGACCAUGUUUUGGUUUGAUGGUCUAACAAUGGCCAACAAGACUGUCUUGAAUUCCGUGCCACCUUAGUGUCACAGCUGUUUUGGUGGCAGUGUGGAACUGAAGUAGUGUUGCUUUGUAGACUGUCAUGUGUAAUCCAUUAUGGGGCAGAUUUGCCUAUUUUAAGAUGUCUUGUAUCUUUUUAACUGUUUGGUUGCUGUAGGGAUGAGCAACACCUGGCUUAGCUCUUUCUGUAAAUGCAAGGUUCUAAAGGGUUAAACCUAUGCUGGAGAAAUAACAAAUUGUGUUCUUAUGCAUUAUGCCUGCCAACACCUGCAUUAUGGUUGCCAACACAAUGAUAAAUUGGCAUAAUAAUAUGUCCCACCUGUGUUUAAGCAGUGGCAGCCUUUUGAAUCCUGCAUUUUGGGCUUUAGCAUUGGUGAUAUAUGCCUGUUUAUCCUGUUAACAUUUUCAGGGAUCCAGCGGGACUGAAUUAGUUAAUUGUAUGUGACACAUGGUGGCAGCUGAGUGACAUGCGUGUGCUAUGUAUGUGUGUGUCUUGUAAAUGGAGCAAAGACUCAAACUGCUAAAACCAAGAAAGUAGCCCAGGAUCAAAAUCAGCAAUUGUUUAAAUGAUUCUUUUAUCCAUCGCACCACAAACGUUUUAAUAUUCACCAACAAUUUCCUAUGCAGUUUUCCUACAUUUGUGUCUUAAUCAGGGAAUCCAUAGGGUUAAAGUGCAGGCUGAGGCUCUCCCUUUGCGUGAGCCAUGCAUGUCAUUUGUAAGACAUACAUGCAGUGCCUGUCAUGCGUUAGACAGACAUGCAGUGUGUGCAUGCAGUGCCUGUCCCUGUGUGCAUGCAGUGCUUGUCAUGCGUUGGACAUACAUGCAGUGCCUGUCAUGCAUUAGACAGACAUGCAGUGCCUGUCCUGUGAGAGAUGCAGUGUGUGCAUGCAGUGCCUGUCCUGUGAGCGAUGCAGUGUAACUGGGUGCUAAUUCUGCCUGGUGGAAUUCUGUAAAUCCCAUGGAGAGAGCUGACCUACAUCUCUCCCUGUGUUUACAUUAUAAGCCCUUCGGCCUGCAGACGUAUUCCCAUUAAAGACAGUGGGACCUCAGGGGGGCUGACAAGGGAAUCACUCAUUAGGCCAAAGUAGCCGAACAUCAUGGGGAUGAGUUGGAGGAUUUUUCCAGUUUGACUAGUUCCUUCCCAAAUAAGGCCCUCUAAUCCGCUGAGAUAUAUUGGAUUAAAUUACAUUAUUCUGAGUUUUGUGUGAUAAUGAGAUGGUUAUGUAUAGGAUGGCUAUAAUACAUGCAUUGAUGAUAACUGCACUGGGCGAUAUAAUAAGUGCAUGCCAUAAACGCCAUCAACAUCCAGAGACUGUGACUGAAGAAUACAUUGUUCUGUGGACCAAGCAUUGUUUAGUUCAUCACACAGGCAAUGUGCUCUCUGUAGGUAAUGGAAUGGGAUUUUUAUAAUUGGUGCAAUUAUGUGUCCCUUUAACAUACAGUUACUGUAUGCGGUAUCUAAAUGCUUUGUCCUUCCUACCCGUUAACAUGUAUCUUGAUGAAGGACUCCUAAUUAGUGAGGUGAUUAUAGUUACCGUAAUGUUAAUUUGAAUCCAGCAGGAGCGCACAAUGCAAGCAAUUUGUUAGUUAAGAUAAAAAAUGCAUAAUUCGGGGCAGUAUUGGCUAAAGCGUUUACCCAGUGUAGCCCAGUAAUGUCCUUUUGUUCUUGGUAAUUAGUAUCCCUCAUUAAAAUGAUGUUGCAGCAUCCUCUCUAAUUUCUCUCCAGCACAAACUAUAAAAUCACAUAAUUGAAAUUCCCAGGUUUGGGGAAUUUUGCACUUGGAAGGCACCGUGCCUCUUACUCCAUAGAACCCAAAAAGUAGUGAUGGUGGCAGGCUGGGCAUGUGAGCUGCAAGUCCCAAAUAUCUGCCUUAUACAGUUUCACCAACUAAACAUUUUGGUAAAAAUUAGUUGACAACAUGGGUGAUGUGUAAAUGUUUUGCUAUUAAUACAUUUCUGUUGUUUUGUCCUAUAUUUUCCAAGCCUUAUGAUGGCUUGCAUUUAUUUUUU